GGAUCCAUCUCCACCUGCGCGCGGCUCAGCCUCGCACUGUUGCUUUCCUUGCGCCCCACUCCCGCACGCGUCACCCCAUCCGUGGCCUCACGCGCAUUCCGUUCCGCUCUGCCGCCUCCCCACCUCGUGACCUUCACCCCGCCACCCUUUAUAAACGCCGCCGGCCAAGCGUGCACGCACCAGCGAUCCCGCCACCGCCCAAGACGCGUCCAGCUCCACUCCACCCAGCUAGCCAGCGCGCCUGCCGCCUCCGCCCGCCCAGCUGCGGUAGCCCCAAAGCUGUGUGUCGUCCGCUAUGGCAACUCGCCCGCGCCUCGACUCCGUCCUCAGCUUCGGCGACGCCGCGCCGCCCCCGGCCGGGGACGAGCUCGCCGCCUCCGACGCCGGCAGCGACUGCGACGAGGGCGAGUUCGAGUUCGCCUUCGCGGCCCCGCUCGCGGCGGCGCCCGGGAGCGGCGGCGCCGGGGACGUUCUGGUGGACCUCGCGCCGGCCGACGACCUCUUCGCGCACGGCCGCAUCCUCCCGGCGUACCCGGUCUUCGACCGCCACCUCCUCCUCGACCGCGACGGCGACGGCGAGGCGGCGCCGGCCGCGCCGCGGGCCUCCUCCUCCUCCACGGCGCCGCCCUCGCCGGACACCUUCUGCGCGUGGGCACCGCGGUCCGCGCCGGGCUCCCCCACGCGGGACCCGGGCCCGCCGUUCCCCAAGUCCGCCUCCACAGGAGAUGCGCGCCGCUUCUGGCGCCUCCGCGGCCUCGUCUCCGGCGCCGGCGGCCGCUCCCACAGCGACGGCAAGGAGAAGUUCGUCUUCCUGCAGCAGCCCGCCGCCAAGGCUUCGGCGCCCGCGCAGAAGCAGAGCAAGAAGAAGAGCGCCAAGGCCGCCGCCGGCGCUGCCGGGACCGAGAUGGACAUGGCCACCGCGCACAAGCUCUUCUACGGCAAGCCGGCCGGCGGCGCGCUCGCCGGCGACAGGAGGCACCAGCAGCAGCAGCAGUCCUACCUCCCCUACCGCCCGGGGAUCGUCGGCUUCUUCACCCCCGCGCACGCCCUCGGCCGCUCGCACCACCCCUACUAGAUAGCUAGCUACCGCCGACGAACACUCCACUCGCUUCAAUCGGGAUCAAUAAAGCUCUCGAAGAAGAAGAAACAUUAUUUCGUUCAUUUCCCCACUUUGAUUUGAUUUGAUUUUAGGCAAUGGCUCAUUGUUCUAUCGCCAUUUUUCGUGUACAUACAUACAAGAAGAAAAAAAUAGUAAAAAUUAAAAUUCCUGCGCCAUUCUUUA